AUUUUCUUGUUGCGACGGAUGACUUUAGUCGGUUUUGCAUAAUUCGUUUUAAUUUAAGUAACUUAAAGCUGACACAAGUAUGUCGUGCUUCCGUUUGGCCACUGCACUUACUGCCGCGCGUCCGCUGCCCCUGACCAGCCAAAACCUGCGACUUUUUGCGAGAAAAUCACAGGAAUUUACAUAUGCUCGGCGCCAGUUCUCGAAGGCCUUAAAUGAGAGCAACAUUGUCAAAAACACCAAACCCGCCGGCACACUGAAGCUGACAUUGUUGGGCGCGUGUAUUGGCGCCGUCGCUGGAUCCACCUACACAAUUUACUCGAGGAUUAGCGACAAGGAUUCGCACAAGGAGCACGAGCGCACGCCGCCAAAAGUCAUCGGAUCGCUGCCAGCCGGCGUUCGCAUAACAAAGCGCUAUAUUAAUCCUAAGGAUACCUCAGGGCUGGACAUAGUGCUCUUUCAGUUCCAGACAUGUCCAUUUUGUUGCAAAGUUCGUGCCUAUCUGGACUACAUGGGCGUAUCCUACUCGGUGGUGGAAGUUGACGCUGUGCUGCGCCAGGAUAUCCGCUGGUCAUCGGUUAAGAAGGUGCCCAUGGUGCUGAUACGUCAGCAGGAUGGCCAAUAUGUACAGAUGACGGACUCCAGUGCCAUCAUUUCACUGGUGGCCAGCAGUCUGCACGAUAAGCGUACCGAUGUGGGUGACUUGGCGCAGUUCUACCCGCAUGUUUCCUUCUUUGAUGACGAUGGCAAGAAGCGGCAGGAUAUAUUGAACAAAUACUUCCUCAUGUACCAGGAUCGCACACCAAAGAACAUGACCAAAGAAAUUGAAGAAAACGAGCGCAAAUGGAGGACCUGGGCCGACAAUCAUCUAGUGCAUCUCAUAUCUCCAAAUUGCUACCAGACGCUUGGCGAGGCGCUGGAGACAUUUGAGUGGUUCUCACAGGCAGGCGAAUGGGAUGUCUAUUUCCCCAAGUGGGAGCGCAACCUGAUGGUCUACGGCGGUGCGACAGCCAUGUGGGUCAUAGCCAAGAUAUUGAAGCGACGACACGAGCUCACCGACGAUGUUCGAUCUCAUAUGUAUGAUGCUCUGGGCAAGUGGACGGCGGAGCUUAAGAAACGAAACACGAAGUUCAUGGGCGGCAAGCAGCCGGGACUAUCGGAUCUGUCAGUGUUUGGCGUGCUGAGCAGCAUGGAAGGUUGUCAGACAUUCAAGGACAGCCUACAGAAUACAAACAUUGGCAAAUGGUUUUACGAUGUCAAGGAACUAGUGCAACAGAACCGCGGUGAGCUGCGUAGGGAGCGCAUAGCGAGCGUGGAGGCCCUAGCUUAAAUAAAAUAUGCACAACAUUUACGCCCAAA